GAGAAGCGUCGGGUACCAUCCACACCACUCACCACUUUUUCUGCUUUUGCUUUUGGCAGCCGAAGCCGAAGAGCCCGAAGAACUUCAGAGACAAAACUAACGAAAGGUUGCGUUCGGCUGAAGCAGACAGAGGUCACAAGAAAGGUGCGUCGGACGAAGUUCGUGCCAGAGGAGGACUUGCAAGACGUCUGCAAAGUCGAAAAAGAGUGAAAUUUGAAAUGGGAAAGGACUACUACAAAACACUGGGCAUCGCCAAGGGUGCGACCGACGAUGAGAUCAAGAAGGCGUACCGAAAGUUGGCGCUCAAGUACCACCCGGACAAAAACAAGGCAGCUGGAGCCGAGGAACGCUUCAAGGAGAUCGCUGAGGCGUACGAAGUGCUGAGCGACAAGAAGAAGCGCGACGUCUACGACCAGUUCGGCGAGGAGGGCCUCAAGGGCGGCGUGCCUGGAGGCGGUGGAGGUGGCGGCGGAGGUGGAGGCGUCCAUGGAAAUGGCCCCCAGUUCUCCUACCAGUUCCACGGCGACCCGAGGGCCACCUUCGCCCAGUUCUUCGGCAACUCCAACCCCUUCAGUGCCUUCUUCGAGCCUGGCGGUGGAAACCGCAUGUUCUUCAAUCCACAUGGGGGAGACGAUGACAUGGACGUGGAUGACCCGUUUGUAAACCUGGGUGGCUUCGGAGGAGGUCGUCCAGGCGGCCCUGCCUACCGCUCGCAGUCCUUCAACAUCCACGGCAACGGCGGAGGCCCCGGAGGGCGAAUGGGCAAGGACAAGCAGCAGGACCCACCGAUUGAGCACGACCUUUAUGUCAGUCUGGAAGAAAUUGCCAAAGGCACGACCAAGAAGAUGAAAAUCUCGCGGCGCGUUCUGCAGCCGGACGGCUCAACCAAGAAAGAGGACAAGGUGCUGACCAUUAACAUCAAGCCUGGCUGGAAAGCCGGCACCAAGAUCACUUUCCAGAAGGAGGGCGACCAGGGCACCCACAAGGUCCCCGCAGACAUCGUCUUCAUCAUCCGAGACCGCCCGCACCCCACAUUAAAGCGCGAGGGCUCUGACCUCCGGUACACCGCCAAGAUCUCCCUCAAGCAGGCGCUGUGCGGCUGCGUGGUGGAGGUGCCAACGUUGGGCACAGAGAAAAUCUCAAUCAACUUGACGGGCGAGAUUGUCAAGCCGAGCACGACCAAGAGACUGCAGGGCUACGGACUGCCUCACCCGAAGGAGCCCAGCAGAAAGGGCGAUAUCCUCGUUGCCUUCGACAUCAAGUUCCCCGACUCGCUGAGUCAAAGUGUCAAGGACAUUAUCUACGACACCCUGCCCAACUGAGAACGAGUGCGCCCCAACAUAACGAACUCUCAGCAAUAAGACUGCACCAAUUUUAAGUGGUGAACUCGGUGUAAAUUAAUCUAGAUGUGUAUACAAAUCCUGUUCACUGUAUUGCCUGCGACAAACGACUGCCAGAAAAUAUCAGGGACUUUAAAAGAAGCCCCUACUAUCGAGAGUAAACAAACUGAUUUUUGUUUGGGCCGUUGCACACAAGCAGGUGGGAAAGUGCUCUAUUAAACAUUUGAAUUGAUUUAUGCAAACCAGAUAAUAUAAUAAUGGAGUCUGGAGGAGUGCGGACAUACUGAUUAUUGAAUACGAAGUGGAUUCUGUGGCUUCAGUAAUAAUAAAAAAGCAGGCAAUUUGUUUGAAAAUUAA